ACAGAAGUAGUUCCGCGUACACUUUCAUCGCCAAGGUCGCCGCGGUCGGUCAGAAAGUGAAGGAGUAAAAAAUCUCGUCCUUCCAGCAUAUUCCAUACAAAGCCGUGUGUGCUGACUGGGUGCCGGACGCAACAUCUACACUCACACACACACGUCACACACGUAGUUCAGUCGUCGUGCAGAGCUUGAAGCGAUUGGACCACUGCCGUUAAAAUGUUACGAACAAUCAUCGUACGAAACGAGAAUCUCCUGCUGCAAGGAUCGGUCCGCAAAAUACUGAAAGGAACUGCCGUCCGCUCGCUCAGCAGUGAGUGCGCCAAACGAUCAGCCGCCGGCCACCGCAGAAGCUCGCACAACAACUUAUCGAACGGUCGCAGCAGCCUGAAGGAGGUGACAUGGAGAACGAACUUUGUUCGCGGAUAUUGCAGCGGCUUUCCGGCCCACUCGAAGGUCCUGCUGCCGGCCCUGUCGCCCACGAUGGAGCUCGGAACUAUCGUCAGCUGGGAGAAGAAGGAGGGCGACAAGCUGAAUGAAGGUGAUUUGCUGGCGGAAAUCGAAACCGACAAAGCGACCAUGGGCUUCGAGACGCCCGAGGAAGGUUACCUGGCGAAGAUCCUGGUCCCGGCCGGCCAGAAGGAUGUCCCCAUUGGCAAGCUGGUGUGCAUUAUCGUUGAAAAUGAAGCCGACGUGGCAGCGUUCAAGGAUUACAAGGAUACGGGCGGUGCGGCCAAACCGGCUGCUGCGGCUGCUCCCGCACCACCAUCACCGGCCGCCGCCCCACCAACACCAACGCCACCGCCAGUCGCUGCGCCACCACCACCGCCACCAAUGGCGGCCGCCCCUCAACCCAUGACUGCGGUGGAGCAGCGUGGACCCCGUGUCUAUGCCAGCCCGAUGGCGAAGAAGCUUGCCGAGCAGCAACGUUUGCGAUUGGAAGGCAAAGGAUCCGGCUUGUUUGGUUCACUAACGUCUAAGGAUCUUGCAGGUAUGCAAGCGGCCGGUGCUGCCCCAUCGGCCGGCGGUGCGCCUGCUUCCGCAGCUUCCAUCCCUGCCGGUGCGGCGUACGUCGACCUGCCGGUAUCGAACAUCCGUGGUGUGAUUGCGAAGCGAUUGCUCGAGUCGAAGACCACCAUCCCGCACUACUACCUGACGGUGGACGUCAACAUGGAUCAGGUGACGAAGCUGCGGGCCCGCUUCAACAAGCAGCUCGAGAAGGAGGGCGUCAAGCUGUCGAUCAACGAUUUCGUCAUCAAGGCGGCGGCAAUGGCCUGCAAAAAGGUGCCGGAAGCGAACUCCGCCUGGAUGGACACGGUGAUUCGUCAGUUCGACGCGGUCGAUGUGUCGGUGGCCGUGUCGACCGACCGGGGACUGAUUACGCCCAUUGUGUUCUCGGCCGACCGGAAGGGCAUUGCUGACAUCAGCAAGGAUGUGAAGAAUCUGGCGGCGAAGGCGCGCGACGGCAAGCUGCAGCCGCAGGAGUUCCAGGGCGGCACGUUCAGCGUGUCGAACCUGGGCAUGUUCGGGGUGACCCAUUUCUGCGCCAUCAUCAAUCCGCCCCAGUCGUGCAUUCUGGCCGUCGGUGGCACCCAGAAACGUCUCGUACCUGACAAGGACUCAGAGAAGGGCUUCAAGGAAAGUGACUACGUGUCGGUAACGCUCAGCUGUGACCAUCGUACGGUUGAUGGUGCUGUCGGUGCCCGCUGGUUGCAGUACUUCCGCCAGUUCCUGGAAGACCCCAACUCGAUGUUGCUGUAAAGUGUUGUAAAAGUGUUCUUCGACGGCCCUCUAUAUGCCUUGUGGCAGCAAAAUUAAAAAAAAAACGAAACGAAUGUCCAUCUUCCAUCAGGGGGUGCUACCAGAGCGAAACACACACACACACACACACACACACACGUAAGGAGGAUGAUACAUGAAAGAGUGGAUAUAGAAAAAAUAUACUACUAGUAGUGGCCAGAGCCAGUGGUCAGAGGUAAGGAAAAGUAUUGAUGCUUUAGUUGCAUAAUUACUGCACUCAUUCGUCCCAGGAUGUGUCGCGUCCUAUAUCAAACGCUACGCAACGCAACGCAACGCAACAAACAAAGAAAAGAGAAGGUCAUCGGACCACCAGUGAAGAUGAUGAUGGACUGAUUUCCCUCCCUAGCAAGGAUUUCCCCCUACAUCGCAUACUUAUGUACCAAAUAGUUAAUAGUUCCAUACCGAGAUUGACGAGCAAUACACGCAACGCAGGACACUUUUAGCUGCAAAUGCUGCCGAAAGUAACCAAUUACCUGUUCAUAGUGUAGGCCAUAGAGAGACAGAGAGAAUGAAGGAGACGUUAUACCGUUGUACAAUAGGAACAGAGGGCCGUACCGCUCAUAUAUUAUAUAUGCUUAUUGAAUAGUAGUCUCACACACACACCCAGGGAGGGGAAACAUUGCACUGAAAGAAGGAAACAACCCGUACAACCGCAUCACAAGUACAAUACGAGAUCUGCUCAUAUGUUUGUUGCGCAGCCCCGGUGUGAGUGUGUGGCAGACCGGGAAGCCAAUGAAAAGCGAACAAAAUCAUCACCACCACCCUUCCUUCCUUAUCGGCUACUCUUUCUUCAAUUCGGCGAUGAAAUCGGCCACGAAAGUGACAUCUUCCUCUAUCAAACAGCGCUCCUAAAGCCACCAACACAUCGGUCAAUCUUUGAUCAAUCGGAGGUUGAAAGACGCGGAUGAGCCACAGAUAGAGCGAACAGAAGAAAAGACACAAAGACAUCAAACGUAAACAAAAAAAUACUAACGAGGGGACAAAUUUAGACGACACUUGAUAAUGAUAAUUGAUGUUUUGCUUGUUGAACAAGAUCUUUAUUGUAUAGUUUUGUUUUAUUGCGCGCUACUAUUAUUUUUAACAUCGAGGAAUAAAUCAAAUUUAUUUAUUGGUUACCGUUGGUUCACCGAAGGCACUUAAUUGUAACAGUCCCAAUGCGCUCAUUUGAAUGUGUCUUUCGGCUUCGUCGUCCCCAGUGUGUUGUGUUGUUCACCGAGACAAUAAAGACACACCACACGCACCAGGCAGUUGGUAUUUGAAUCUUGAGCAAAACAAUUAUUGUGAUCGUACAGAAUCGAAAAUUUUAGUUUAAAACAAAGCACCACCAGUCAGUCAACCAGGCGUAUGAAAUAUGUACUACAAAAUGUCAGGAUACAAAUACAACAACCUAUCGGAGCUUA